AUUUCCCUCGCACGGAUUUGCCACUCGGAUGUUGUUUCCUCGGGAGCCGAGCUCGGAGCCACGUUGAACCAGCCUUUUCCUCCAGUGCUAUGACAGGCAAACUACUGGAGAAGCUGCCGGGGACCAUGAACACUUUGAUGAACCAAUUGCCUGACAAUCUGUACCCAGAGGAGAUCCCCAACUCUUUGAAUAUCUUCUCCAGCACCAGCGACUCGGUGGCUCACUACAACCAGAUGGCUGCAGAUAAUGUUAUGGACAUUGGCUUAGCGAACGAAAAGGCCGGUCAGGAAUUGUCCUCCUACUCGGGCACUUUUCAACCCGCCCCGGGCAACAAGACUGUCACCUACCUGGGGAAAUUCGCUUUUGACUCGCCCUCCAACUGGUGCCAGGACAACAUCAUCAGCCUGAUGAGCGCCGGCAUCCUGGGGGUGCCGCCGUCCUCGGGCGCGCUCACCAGCACGCAGAGCUCGGCGGGCAGCAUGGGGCCGCCGCAGGGCGAGGUGGACCAGAUGUACCCCGCGCUGCCGCCCUACUCCUCCUGCAGUGACCUCUACCCAGAGCCCGUCUCCUUCCACGACCCCCAGAGCAACCCUGGCCUCACCUACUCCCCCCAGGAUUACCAGGCGGCCAAGCCCGCCUUGGACAGCAACCUCUUCCCCAUGAUCCCAGACUAUAACCUCUACCACCACCCCAACGACAUGGGCACCAUCACGGAGCACAAACCCUUCCAGAGCUUGGACCCCAUCCGCGUCAACCCGCCCCCCAUAACCCCGCUGGAGACCAUCAAGGCCUUCAAGGACAAGCAGAUCCACCCGGGUUUCGGGGGGCUGCCGCAGCCGCCCCUCACGCUCAAGCCCAUCCGACCCCGCAAGUAUCCCAACCGGCCCAGCAAGACGCCGCUGCACGAGCGGCCCCACGCCUGCCCGGCCGAGGGCUGCGACCGCCGCUUCUCCCGCUCCGACGAGCUCACCCGUCACCUCCGCAUCCACACGGGCCACAAGCCCUUCCAGUGCCGCAUCUGCAUGCGGAGCUUCAGCCGCAGCGACCACCUCACCACCCACAUCCGCACCCACACCGGCGAGAAGCCCUUCGCCUGCGAGUUCUGCGGCCGCAAGUUCGCCCGCUCCGACGAGCGCAAGCGGCACGCCAAGAUCCACCUCAAGCAGAAGGAGAAGAAGGCCGAGAAGGGCUCGGGCGUGCAGCCCCCCGCCGCGCCCCCCGCCGCCACCGCCACCACCUCGCCCCCCGUCGCCCUCGCCCCCGCCGUCACCACGUGCGCUUGAGGGAUUGUGGGGGGCGGCGCGGUGGCACCCCUUCUCCUCCCCUUGCCCUCGGCACCGCUCCGGGGGGAACCCCACGGUGUUCAGGAUACCGGGGUUGUGCUGCGACGGGUCCGCUCUGCCCGCACCCGGAUUGACCGGGUCCAGGCUGCCCGCACCUGGAUCCUGCCUGCACUUGGAUCGAUGGGACCCGCACUGCCCGCACCCGGAUUGCCCGGACUCGCGCUGCCCGCUCUGGGAUUGCUCGCAGCACCUGGAUCCCGGCUGCCUGCUCCUGCACCUUCCACAUCCCGGCUGCUUCCACCUGCACUGCCCGGGGCCGGGCCGCCCGCGCUGCCUGGAUCCCGGCCGCCAGCUCCCGCACCUCCCGGAUCCCGGCUGCCCACACCCGCACCGCCCGGGGCCGGGCCGUCCGCACCCUCCUUGCCCGGCUCUCCCGGCUCCCCGCUCCCGCACCUGGAUUACUCGCAUCGCCCGGAUCCCGGCUGGAUUGCCCCAUCCCGGCUCUCCCGCACCCCACGGCCCUCACCCGGCACCUCCCGGCUCCAUCCCGCCCGCACCCCGCCGGCCCGGCUCGGGGCUGCCCGGGCGGCCGAUCCCGGGAAUGAUCCCGGCUGACCCAGAUCCCGGGGCUCGGUCCGACCCGCCCGCCCUGCCGGGGCUGGCUGCUCCAGGAUCGGCCCCCCC